GCUCAUCUUUUGCAUUUGGAACUUUAUUGCGUUUUAAAACAAAAACACCUAGUAGUACCCGCACAGCUAGUACAACUAAGAGUUGAAGACAGCGCCGAAUGUAUGGCUAAAGCAGCACUGCAGGUGCACUUUUUCUUGGGCUUUUUGAUAUUGAUUCUUGUUGUACAUACUUACAACUUUUUACUUUUGCUAGCGAUUUUUGUUGAAUAUUGUAGGCAGCUGCAGUGGAGUUCUCAUCAUAAAAAUGUUUUGUGGCACCAACAAGAAGAAAAACUGAAGACGAAGAACAGGAACGUUGGCGUCACUGUCGAAGUGUAUUUUUCAAGCGCAGUAGGAGCGAAAGGAAAGCCAUUCAUCGAUUUCCCCGCGACUUCGUGGGGUGCCGGAAUCAUCUUAUUUGUACGGCCGCGCUUCUCCACGUCGCGGUCGCCUUGUCCUGCUGUUUUAACGAAGAGUGCGCACGAUUCCGACAAACUACACUGGUUCAUCUGA